AUGCAGUUAAACAUCGCCUUUAUCGUGGUAUGUGGCCUGUGUCAUUGGCUGCCCUGCGUGCAGUUGGGCAAUCCAACAGAUCCGAUAGAUUUGCAGCUGCAGGAAAAGCUACUGAAAAUAUUGGAGAGAAUUCGUCUGGAGCGGAAUUAUGAUACCAUUGUCAUAUAUGGACAGAGUGGAGGAGAGGACUGUUUGUUUCAUGAGCUGCUCCCCAAGCUGCAGUUGCCCACAGUGCUGCUCACCAAAGGCAGCAGCCUUAGCGAUUGGAGCUUCAGCAGUGAUUCCCUACUGCUGUGCUGUGAUUCCAAGGCGGAACAGGAGCAGAAUACGCGCAGCUUACUAAGGCUGCAGCAGGCACGACGCCUGGUCUAUCUGGAAUCCGAGAUGCAGCCACAGUGGCUCUGCGAGGAUUACUUUGAGAGGGAGCAACACAAUGUGGCCAUGAUGAAUGCACAGGGCGACUUAUUCAGCUGUCGCCUCUUUCAAGAGAUUAAUCACGUGCAGCUGGAUAUCAACUCAGACUCAAAAUACAAUUCCGACUCCAUUUAUGUGCAGCAAUUUCGGAACAUGAAAGGAGCAGUGAUUAGAAGCGAACCGGAUCAGGUGGAGCCACGUUCAAUGCUGUAUCAUGAUCCUGUCACGGGCAACAUCAAAAUGGGUGGCUAUGUGGCCAAUUUGGUGAAUACAUUUGUGGAACGUGUGAAUGCAACAUUGCAGUUGCGCGACGAUUUGAAAUUUGGAGAGAUUUGCAAGUACGAAGACAUAUGGCUCAGAACGGCACAGAGUCAACUGGAUAUACCUGCAACGCUGUAUAGCGCCUAUGAUGUAGAGAAUCUGGACCAUCUUAGUAUUCCGUAUGUGUCCAAUUCGUAUUGCUUUAUGUUGCCAGUGCCGGCAAAGUUGCCCUAUAUGCAAAUCUAUACAAUUAUUGUGGAUCCUCCCGUUCUGGGCAUUAUUAUAAUAUUAUUUGUGAUAUUCUCUCUGUUGCUCAUCUACAGCCAGGAGUUGUCCUGGCGGCAGUUGAGCCUUGCGAAUAUUUUGCUCAAUGAUCGCAGUCUGCGUGGAGUGCUGGGGCAAUCCUUCCCUGUGCCAGAGAAUCCCAGUCGACACUUCAAAGCGAUUUGCCUGAUCCUGUACUUUGUCAGCCUGAUGAUCCCCACCAUGUACCAAGCAUUUCUGCAGACCUUCUACACAAGUCCGCCUCCCGAGAAGAUAUUGCGCAGCUUGGAAGACUUUCAAGAUUCUCAUUACAGAAUUGCCCUGCUCCGCUAUGAGGUGAAUGAGCUGGAGCGUAUAUUUAAACUUAGAUUGACCAAUGCACGCAAUACUGACGUUUUCGAUGACUAUGGUGACUUUUUAAGAAUCCGCGAUACCUUCAAUGCCACCUACUUAUAUGCAGUGAACGAGCUGCGCUGGCGCACCUAUGCGGAGCAACAGAAAUCCUUCAAGGAGCAGGCGUUCUAUUACUCCGAAGACGUCUGCCUCAGCCGCUUCGAUAUGCAUGGUUUCCCACUACGACCACAUCUGCCUUAUCGCCAACAGUUUGAGCAGCAUAUGCUUUACAUGCAGGCUUUUGGGUUGACGCAGUUCUGGAUUAGCCGAAGCUUCUAUGACAUGGUCAACUUGAAUAUGACAGAGCUGAAGGACUACAGUAAUCCCAAGGCGUACGAUGAGCCGGUGUAUGUACGGGAUCUAUCCUACAUAUUCAAGUUCUAUGUGGCCUUCCAUCUACUUGCCUGCCUUUUCUUUGCUGUCGAGUGUUAUUGGGCUCAAAGGGCUACGUAA